CAAACACCCACUCACCAGCAAACACUAAACCCCAGCUAGAGGACUGUUGUUGACUGUAUGGAGCUGUCCUCACUUUGUUUGGGCUUUGAGGGAAGUACAUCUCUGCCUCCUGCACUGAGGUGGACUGCCCACUGCAAGAUCAGAGGACUGGAGGAGGAGACAACAGACGAGAGGAGAGGGGGAUGAGACUUGUGAAAAUCCUCUGUUAAAAAAGCAGCUUUGGGAGGAAGACAAAGCGCAGACUUAAUGCCAGAUAAUUACCUUCAUUGGACAAGGACUGUCAUUUUGAACGGUGGAUGUCACUGGAUUUGGUGAAGGGGAGACACUGCAGACGCAGAGUGAGGACAGAGGUUUCGUUUUCUGCUGUAAAUGAGCACAUGAGGUCUCCAGUCCGGGUCCAAACCCCAGUCCCAAAUCUCCCAAUCUUUACACGGAGUGCUUAAUCCAGAUUUGGGAAUGCUGGGCAGUUCAGACUGCUGAGCCAACAUAACCACACCUCCCGAGGAUUUGUGGAAUCUGGGCAAAUCUGAAAAUCUUGAUGGUUGUUUUUUCGCUGGAGUUCACACAGCCCAACAAAAGAGUGAUCCAGCUCGGGGUGAAUCCAGGCUCCAAGCAGAUUCAGUGUCCGGAGCUCCAGCCCACAGUCUUGGCUCCCAUCCAGCCUACUCCUGACAGGGCCUGAAUUUACUGCUGCUGCCCUGGGAGUCAAAUUUCAUGCAACCAUUCCAAUGGUGUAACGGAUGCCUGUGUGGUUUGGGUUCUCAGCGCUCUGAACACUACUGCAGCAUGACGUCUGAGAUCUAUCACCUCCCGCUCAAUGUCUAUGUCAUUGUGCUGGGCAUCGGUCUCUUCGUCUUCAUGCUCAGCCUCAUCUUCUGUUGCUACCUUUUCAGGCUGAAACAACAGGGAACCAGGGAGCAGUUCAGCUACAAUGAGGUGGUGCUGAAGGGUGCAAGCAAGAAACUGAGCCUUCUAGGACAAACCUGUGCAGUGUGUCUUGAAGAAUUCAGGACCAGGGAUGAACUUGGAGUUUGUCCAUGCUCACAUGCAUUUCACAAGAAGUGCCUGCUGAAGUGGCUGGAGAUCCGCAGCGUGUGCCCCAUGUGCAACAAACCCAUCCUCCGGCUCCACACAGACGCUCCCCAGGGCGCUGAAAGUCCAAUGGACCCAGAGGAGGUGUGAGUGAAUCAGGGGAAGAGACCAGACUCCCCCUUACACAAAACACACAUAUUAAAUCCACUAGGGACGAUGGCCAGCGGUCAUCUUUUAAGACAUCUCACAGGAAAUGUUGAUAAUGAUCCCAGGCCUGGCUGCUGACUAUUGAGCAAUAUGCCUUGGUGGAAAUUGGAUAUUGAUAGCACCAAGAUGGUUUUGGUCAGAUCAGUCAGGGAGAGGGUGGAGGAAUAGGAUCCUUUCAUAAAAAUGCUCCUAGUUCUACUUCCAUAUUGCACUGCUCACCGAAAACAUGACUGGAAAAAGGAGCCACUUUAGAAAGCACGACAUCAUCGCAACUGACCCUGGACGACAAGUGCGGCACUGCCAGAGACAAACAACACUACCGGCAUUCAGCAGGACAUCAGAGUACAGGAUUAGUAUGGAUACCUCUAAUAUCUCAGGGGUGUAACCAAUAUAGCCAGCACAAACCAUAUCAGUCACCCUAUAUCCCUGUGCCACACAUGCAUCUUCUUCAGUACUGCCAACGUAGGUGAAACACUCCAGUUGUCAGAGGUAACCACGACCUCCGGAUGGAACCAAGACCAGCGGGAUAACAACCACAAAGAUUUAGGUAGAAGACAUUGUUACCGAUUGUGACCCAGGCCCUUUCCCUAAAAAUGAGACUAAUAGAAAACUAGUCUUGCCUGUAUGUAUUGUAUGUAAACGUGUCCCUAUAUAUAUUGUUAUUUUGUAUUUGUUGCUUUUAAAAUAAAAUGUCACGUAAUGUA